AUGGAGAACCAACAAAAAUCGAAGUUAAACAUCAAACAGCGCUUUUCCUGUGGCUUCGGGAUCGUUCUCAACGAAGUUUUCCGCCAAAUGUACAUUUCUUUUUCCAUUAUAUUUUUGAUGCAAGUGAUUGGUUUAUCGGCAUCCCAAGCCGGAUUGGCUAUGCUUAUUGGACAAACGACUGACGCCUUUACCUCUCCAAUAACUGGUUUCUUGGGCGACCGGGUGCGAAUUCCAUUUAUUUCCAAAAAGAUGGGUCGAAGGAAGUCGUGGCACUUAGUGGGAACGGUUAUGAUGGCCGGUGGACUUCCUCUUCUGUUCAAUCGGUGUUUGGUAUGCAACGAUUAUCAGGGUGUCAGUUGGUUGCAACCUUUUUACUAUUAUUGCAUCAUGGUUAUUAUAAGUGCGGCAUACAACAUUCUGGAGAUCAAUCAUCUUUCCAUCACCUUCACUGCAGCUGGGACAGUGCAAGAAGGCGCAGCGUUAAGUGCUAUAAGGUUACAGCAAUAACACUAUUUUUUUGUUCACAAUUUCUUGACUCUGAUUUUUUUAUUCUGUUCUCUGACUGAAUGUGAUCUCACUAGUGGUUGGGAGUGUAUAUAUUGUUAAUCAACGCAGCAAAAACUGAAGGGUGCACGUUUUUGCCUCUGCCUUUUUUAUUUUUCAAACCUUUUUUUUAUUUUACGCUUUGAAUAUGAAAUGCAGGCACCUGAUUUGACGGGUUACAAUAACAUCAGUGAUUAAGUUCAGCUCAAGACAUGGUACUGUAUAGGAAUAAAGAUAUCCUCAUCCUGAUUUUAUGCCGUUAGAGUCGACCUUUUGUUUCUUUUUUUUUUCCUUUUUUUUUUUUUCUCAUAUAGGACAGUCCUUAGUUUCGUUACGGGAAUAUACGUUUAUGUGGUUGCCUGGGGACUGCUUGGUCAGGAUGGCGGAGACGAUCUGGGGCCGGAAAGUGUAAAACAGUUUGCGGUAGGUACCGAAAUAAAGUGACGAUAUGGAAGUUGCAUUAAUGAACAAAGCAACCUAACUGAUUGGAUUAAUGAUGAUGAUGAUGAGAUUAAAUUCGUAAUACCAUAUUGCUCCCGCGCCCAAACAAACGCAAGUUUUUUAUGGUGCCUGCAUGCCUUUUGAUAACUAGCUAUAUAGUGGAGCAUGUGUAAUUCGUUUUUUAAACAAGCUAAAAACUUUUUCCUAGAGUAUUCUUAGGUAUGUAUCAGCAAUAAAAGUUUAAAUUGAAAUAAAACUAUAUUUAAGUUUAAAAAAAUCGUAUUUUAGUUAUUUUCAAAUGUUUAUAUUUCUUUCCCUUUCGACGCAGUAUCUUGUAUGGAUUGUCACUGGUACAGGAGUAGCUUUUACAGUCAUUUUUUAUAUUGGAACAAACGAACCAGCCGUACGUCCUCUAAGAAAGGUCAGCACACUCAAGGAUCCAGUGGUAUAUGAAGCAACAUAAGAUAUCGGUUACUCUGUCCUCGACGACUAGCCAUCUUCCUUUAAGCCCCUGGCCAUGGACGAUUCGUAACCACGAUUUUUAUCGUAAGAAUGCGUUGUUGUAACCUUGUUGCGAUAUUGUUUCGAAUGAAUGCAACAUUGUUUGAUUGCAACGCUCGCCGUUUUGCGCUGAAAAUCGUUGUUGCGAAUCGUUCCUAAGAACAUCACCUUUAGUCCAGUAUUAUAUGGACUUUGCCUGCUAAAUUAUGACGUUGAUGUUCUUGCAAGGUUUGGCUGAUAUGUAUGUAUCAACACAAGAGAGAAUAAUCUCUCUGGUUGAGCUAAUUCUAGGCUAUAUGUGAUAGCCCACUAGUAGCGUAAAGCGACGGCUUUGAAAACCAAAACAAUGGCGGCUGAAUCGCGUGUUGCUAGCUAAAGUUGUUUUGUCUCGAUAUUUUUGACCAACUAGUUGGAUUUUACUAAAAAAAAUAUUCCUCUCGCCCUCAUGGCCUCUGAGUCAAUAGCCCAUUCGGUUAUUCGCUCAGAGCCCAUUCGGGCUCGAGGAAUAAUUGUUAAAUACCUAGUGCUGUUGCAAUUUGUAGUAAUCGUCGCACUUUAUAUUACCUGAAACUAAGUCCGAUCACAUGUCGCAAUUCGCCACAAAGCCGUGUCGCACUUGGUAAUAAAAAAGUGUCCACUUUGACACGUCUCCCCAGGAUGCCCAUCUCUCUUUGUUAGAAAAUAUCACCAUACCUUAUAGACUUAAAGUUUGUACCAAUUAAUCAAAUACCUACUCUUGCAUGUCGGCAAGUGUAAAUAUCUGAGAGUUUUUUCCACGUCGACCAUGAAUUGUCUCAAGAAGAGUUUCACAGCGGUGGCAAUUUUAUGACAUGAAUAAAUCGUUUUUAUCUUUGGCUAGAACGGUGAAGGAUUAUUUCAGGCUAGCCAGUCUGCUUAUUCAAUGGUCUCCGAACAAGUUGAUGGUGAGUUGAAUGAAAUGGAUUACUCUACCUUUAGUUCCAAUCUUUCUGUUUUACGUUCACCUCACAGUGUACGUUGAAACACGAGCAAAUAGUACUAUAUUGAGGUCUAAUUUGUCAGUAAAAGGAGACCUUGUCAAUUUAACGAUACCUAAGAUGGAGCUAAAACUCACACAUCAGUAGGGCCAAUUAAUUUUAUAAAACUUUUUCAAGUGUAAUUUACAAGUGUUGCUAUUGUUUUUGUACUCCAAAAAAAAUAGCUAUAUGUUCAUUGUUACGCGUCAUAAGUAACAACCGAGUAAGGGUCUGCGUUCUUUUUUAAUUAGUUAGUUUCUCACGUGCGGAUGCUGAAAAAGCAGCGAAAACGAUCUUUCGAUAAUCCUGCCUCUCGAUCAAUUCCUUGCGACAAGAAGUAGACGAUGAGGUCAAUUAAGAAAGAAAAAUUCCCAUUAUGGGCUCCUGAUCUGGAGGGAUCCUGAAAAGAAAAAGAUAUUCAAAAAAAUAUUUCGUUAACAUCACGGGCCAACAUCGGGUAAUAUUGAAAGGUAAAAUCAGAUAAAGAAAGGAGAAGGGAUGUCUUUUUACCUCUUUCAGUUAAUACGCACUCAGUAGUUGAACACAAUAUCUAUGUCAAAUAAAGCUAAUUAUUAUUCAUUCAAAAUAUUUCCCCAAUUCUGAUUGGCUAAAAGCACACGCAUAAUUUACCAUAACCAGUUACUGAUGACCAAAUUUGGAAGAAUUUUGUGUUUAACGAGGAAAUGACGUCAAAAACGCAGCCUUCUACAGGUUAAUGCACCGUUAACCGAGAAGACCUGGGAACGAGGUUGAGUUGUUUUUGUUGUGAAAAUUCAAAUGGCGGACACUUCACUCGUUUCAACAGUAAUUAAGAACUACAGCUGGAACUAGAUGAAAUAAUUGCUAAAAACAUAAAGACAACUCGGAGGGCGACAUAAGCUAUUUGGAGAAUAUUUGCGGAGCUGAACAAAACAAACCUAAACGUACACUAUCGAAGACAAACUUAACAUCGAUGCAGGUAAGCAUGUUUUAGCUAUGUUUUUAAACUAGGAAUUAUUUUGAAUGAAUAAUAAAGCAAUUAACGAAUUCGGCUUUCGUAGGAUAUGAAGAAUUAAGCAGAUCUCGGAGGGUGUUAUCAACCUCGGCCUUCGGCCUCUGUGGAUAACACCCUCCUCGAUCUGCUUAAUUCUUCAUAUCCUACUCAGUCUCAUUCAUUAAUUGCUAAAUAUCAGUAAUAAGACGAAAGACUGGAGGUCCUUUUAAUAAGGUAUAGAGAAAAUUGAAUUUUUUUAAAAAAUUCCUUUUAAGAUGCCAAGAGGAAAACUUCGACCAUAUUCCAUUCCCUUGUUGACAUUUUUAUGUCUUCGGUGGAAAACACGGAAGUUGUCGAUAAAGCAGCAACUGCUACAGCAGCGUCUAAAAAGAUAAGUCUGGUACAACGAUUUGUUGAAGCUCUCUUUUCUAAUGGCGAUGGAAACAGUCAUGAAGAUUCAGAAGACAAACUUCAAAUUUCAGAAGUCAAAUCAGGAGCGUCAAGUAAUCAAGAGAAACCCGGAAGCGGUAGGUAAAAUGGUAUUUGCGUUAUUGUUUUUACAUUAUCUAUGAGCGGGUAGUGUUUCUGGCUUUAAAAAACAAUUAUUUACCGAAGUGGAGGUGGUUAGCGGUGUAUUUACUGAGGCCGCGAAGCGGCCAGGUAAAUUUGCACCACUAGCCACCGACACUGAGGUGAAUAAUUUUUACUGGGCUGCCUGUCGUACAGCCCAGUUAUAAAUUGGGCUCGGAUUUUCCUUCUGGCACAAAUCGUACUCUGGCGUGUUGAGCGCGGGCGCAAGAUAUUAAUGUAUGCGCAGAAUGCGUAGAAUAGAUCAGCGGACUUCAUCAGAGUACAUUCCUAGGAGCUCUAAGCGACUCAAAGCUAUUAGCAAUCUAUCUGCGGUGGAAACAUACGAAUACAAAAAUAAGAAUGUAAACGCUGUUGAUGGUUAGCCCACAGUCUGAAAGAUAGCAAGCGUUUUUGGAAAAGGUAUAGUUCACGAGCUAUACUAUGCAAGAGACCCAUUUACAAGCGAACUCUUCCGAGUGAGUCUUUAUCAGGAAACCUUGUAUAGUAAGUGAGCUACCUACUGAGUUAGAAACCCUAAAAGAAUCACCCAAAUUAACUGUUAGACUCAAACUGUUCCUUACGUAAACAUUACGAGCAACUGGAUCAGGGACAUUCAACAGUGUUUUUGAUCAACACAACCGCCUUAUGGAAGAAUUCAGUACUUCAUCAGCCAGCUUUUAGGUAACAAUAUCCUUGCUUUUACAUCUAACUUUUGUAUUGAUUUCAUUGAUUUUAUCUUUCUUUCUUUUUAUCGUCAUUUAUGCAAUCAUUGUAAUCGCGUAUUUAGUGAUCAAUCUUCUAAUGCCGUAUGUAGAUGUUUAUACAGAGGCUGUUGUUAUUUCAAUAUAUAUAAAACAAAAAAUCUGACUAAAAUUCACUGCACAAAAAUACAGCACUAACAGAUCGUGUCUGUUCAGUUACAACUCGCCUCUUCAAUUCAGAAACAAAACGGUACGCAAUGAAUUGGUUUACAUAAUGUACGCAUACCGUAGUACUGUUUGAAAUUCUGUAUUUCUGUUACACCCUGAUUACACGUACUUAACAAGAACGCCGGAAAAUAUUAUCAAUGCUGGGUACUGGGUACUUUUUGAAAAUUAAUUCUUAGCAAGAAAAACGAGUGUGUCCUAGUGUCGUGAAUACCGUACGGCCGUUCUUCACGAUAUCACAGUUAUAAGCAAAGACAGGGUUUAUUUCACAGUCUCGCAUUAUAUCCUCAUAUUGUACAAUGGCUCGCUCACACACUACACGAAAUCGGGACUUUCUUGGAUCCAGUAAGCUUUAGUUUUUAAUCCGAUCUGUCAGCAAGUUCUCUUUCGCUCAGUUAUGUUUGAAUACUUCGAAUGAAAUCCGCAAUCAGUAAAAUCUGACAGACGAGGGAAACUUUCAAUAAUCACAAAGUUUAAAAGGAGUAAAAUCACGCCAUCUCACAAUCACGCUACACUCUUGCUUCAUAACACCUACAACAGUCGCAAAAAUUAUUAAUUAUUAAUUAAUUAUUUUUUUACGGCAGCAAACCGGGAAGGCAUUGUGCUCGCAACUUAUGAUUACGCGAGUUUGGCGCUGCUCGCUCGGAGGAACUGGAGGUGAACCAGUGAAUAGUGCAGGAUAUUCACUGAUUGACUAGCCAAUCAGAGAGCGCGAAAAAUACUAUCCGCUGUUUUAGUAUAUACUUAAAGUAAAUAGUCAGGGUGUCAACGUCACUUCAAAACGAAACCUCGGCUUAGCAGUGAUAACAACCUUGUAAAGGGUCGCACUAUGAUAUUCUAUUUAACUAUCAUGAAGUGCCAAUCAAGUAAUCUUAGUGAGAUUUAGAAAGCAUUUAGGCAUAAAUUUACAAGGGAUGAGAAUCCUCAGACGUUCUGGUAGUUCAAGCGAAAUGACGCCAUUGUACUAAUGUCCUAUUGUCAUUUCUCCUGUAGAUCUGAUAACACAGGUAGCAAGACUGGACCAGGAUUGCAAAAAGAGUCUUGUCUUUCGCUUCAUGAUAGAUACGCUUGUUUAUAAAGAGAGUCAAAGGCAACCAGAAGCAACUGGCGUUACGGCCGAAGAAGGGCAAGUGGAUCUUCAAGAGGAAAGUAACAAGAAGAAUACGAACAUUUUUGAAGACGCGACAGAUUCUACUGUAUGGUAAGCGUUUUUCUUGAAUUGAACACCCGCUUUUUUCAAGUACCCACGUGACGGUUCCUGGGGCCCGUUUCUCGAAAGUCCCGACAAUUAACGGGCCCGGUAAGCUGUCUCCGUUUACAUUUAAGGUCAAGGUUUCAAUAGUUUUGUAUCUAACAUGAUACAACUAUCAGUUAAUGAAACAAAAUGGAGUAGUUUGCUAGCCAGGACCCGCGCUCUUAUUCUUUCUAUUGCGAUUUGGAUAUUUGAUUUCGGGGCCGAAAAGUUACCGGGACUUUCGAGAAACGGCCCCCUGAACACAAAAGCAACACCCUGUUCUUAGGCUUUAAGGUGGUCACAACGACCUGUGCGCACAAGUUUUCUGUUACUUCCGUGGCAAUCCACUGCUAUGGAUACCCGCAUUUCUCCCGGCUACGCUAACGUAAACAAUACGUACACAAUUUUGUACUGGUACCCAAGAACUAGUAUCCAGGCACCAAGUGUGAUUACAAAGCCUAAGGUGACGUGCAUAAAGUGGCAGUUGUUAUGAAAGGUUGAGGGCUUUCCAAUCAGUUCCCAUCCACAGCCUCAUCACCGACUGCACCUCUCAGAGUUUUGUACAUUGCCAUCUUGCUCCUAAAAUAGUCUUGUAUGAGCGUAUUUUAUUUCAUUUAGUUUUUUGGUUUUCCCAGUGAGUUAAUCUUUGCUCAUAUUGCUGACAGGAACGGAACGAAAAAUACAGAAAUAAUGGAGGGAAAUGAAGAUCAUAAUAUGAAAACAAGAGAACAUGAUUUAAAUGGUGCUGACAAAGGAUAUAGCCAGCGUCGGAAAAGAAGCACGUCUUCGACACCAGAAGAUGUCUGUAAGCUUGGAAUACACAACCUUGGUUACCAAAAUGAAACCUGUGGGCUGGAGAUGAGAACAAUAAACGAAGAAGACGUCACUCAGCCUGUCGGUGAAGGCGAUGCAAUUAUCCAUGGUUUCGAAAAACAAAUGUCACCUUUUACAGAAACAAAACCGGGCAAAAAAGUGAGUUUCUCUGUUCCGGAAAGGAAUGAAGUCCGUAAUUCAGGAAUUUAUCCUCUUCAUUCAGAGAUGACAGCAUUUUCAGACAAAGAGACGCAGAAAAGAGUAAGCUUAUCUGAGCUGAAAGAGAAUGGACCUGAGAAAAAAGAGACGGGAGAUGAAUCCAAUGAUAAAUCGUGUAAAUCUGCGAUUAGUGGAGGAUCUGAAAAAAGGAAACCAAAGACGACGAUGGAUUGGUUGAAGACUCCUAGUGUUUACAAGGUUGGCAUCUCUUAAUGUGUCCAAUGGCAUUUUUGCUUUUUAAUUUCACUUUAAGUCUUAUCGGUGUAUUAUCCCCUUAUGAAAUGACUUGCCUUUAAAGCAGCUGCAAGAUUGACGUGUGAGGAUCAAUAAAUCAUUUGCAGAUUUACCGAGUCAAUUAUACCGAAAGGCUAACCUUUGCCAAUACCUUAAGAUACCGAUAGUGUGCCGUUUAACAAUAUUGGUUAAGUCUGUUGUCAGUUGAGAACCUUAUGCAGUUCACACAAACAGGUAAACAACAAAUAUUACAUUUUUCUGUCAAAAAGGCUGUAAGGUAUUAGCCCUGUUUAAAACAAAAUCGUGCUAAAAACUAAAGUCAUUGACAAAUUUACCAAGUUCAUUUCAUUAAUUAGGUUGCCGUUAUCGUCACGUGUGCUCGCCUUGUGCAGGAUGCGGUUUAUGCGUAUUUACCGUUGUACCUGACUGAAAGACUGGGCUUUGGGCAGGUAAGACGAAUAAUUUUACACCCUUUGUGCCAAUGUGUUAAAAAGUAUCCUCCAUCAAUUGCUCUACGAUCAUCACACCGUUCGCUAUUAUACAAGGGUACCUCUAAUUAUAGAAACAUUUCCAUGUGAUGGCAUCCACAACGCAUAUACAUAAAGGGGUUAUUAAUUUUCUCUUCAUCUCAUUUUACUUUAAGCUUUUUGUCGAUUCUUUUGCAGCAAUCCAUUGCCUAUUUUCCCCUUGUUCUUCUUGUUGGCGGAGCAAUGGGCAGCACUCUUUCAAAUAAACUUAACUCCAAACUGGGAAACACGGUAAGCGGCUUCUCCCUCAUUUAAAUUUUUCUUUACAUGUAACAAGUCGAAUAAUUCAACUGAUAAUAAAUUAAAAAUAAGGGAGUAACAAAAUAUCUGCAACUUGCACUGUUAAGCGAGACGAUCUCCUUACCGACUUUUAUCGGGGCUCCCGCUGAGCAAACCCUCUCUCCUGAACUUGAUCUAUAUUUGAUAUCUUUCCUCAGGGAACUUACCUCAUUGGUUCACUUCUCGUGAUUGGUGCAUCUGUAUACUGUUAUUUCCAAACCACUGAGUUGAAACUGUCCACAUAUGCGCCCGUAAUCCUAACAGGCAGCGGCAUGUCCAUCAUGUACGUCAUGGCUCUGACGUUCUCCGCAGAACUCGUCAAAGCAGACAAGGUGCGCCCACGCAAACGUUGUGUGGAAACAGAAUAAUGACCGUAAUAUAAUAUAAACCUAUUUAAUCUUAUAAAUUUAAAUGAAAUACUUCGGUCAAGAUAAUUGAGAUACCACCCGACUGACUGUUUAAAAAACUGAGAUACUACGGAACUUCUGAUUGGCCAAAAUAACUGGAAAACGAAAGGGCGUUCUAACUGGUCGAAAUAACUGACAGACGUCACGCACUCUUAUUGGUCGAAAUAACUUAAAUGUCAUAUGGCUAUUGACUGUUCAAAAUAACUGAGACACUACAUGUGUCCCCGACUGGUAGACAAGCUGAUGAAAAUACUUCGCUUGUUCUGAUUGGAUUAAAAGCAAUUGUUUAAUAUAAGGGCCUUGUAACUAAAAUCAAACUGAAAAAAAAAAUUAAAAUUUUUUUAAUCCUUCCAGCUGUAGUCACUCUCUUAAAAUAAAACGUCAAGAGUACAGGGAAAAGCUAAUGCAAACCCUUUUCCAACUUGCUUUCGUAAAUAGAUUUCCGGUUAACCGGAUUACGCAUGAAAGACUGUGGAAAUGGACACAUCUCCCUUUAAUUUAGACUUUAUAUUAGAGUGCCACAAUUAGGUGACAAAGAUUCCACUAUGGUUGAACUAUCAGAUCAAGAGAUCAGGCGCGACUAUUCAUAAACACAGCCAUCUCCCAAACUUUCAACAUAUAAAGCUACCAGCCGGGUUAAACGUUUCCACGUUAAUUAAAGUGUCUGAAACAGUUGUGCUGUCUUUUACAGGAAACCAGUGGUUCGGCAAACGCCAUCAUUGUUUUUCUAGGAAGAAUAUCCAGCGGUGGUUUGCUGAUGGUUAUACAAGAGUUUUACCCAGAAAACGGGUGAGAAUAUAAGUGGAUCUCCUACCUUAAUUUGGAAAAUCGAUACUUUUGUGGUUGGGUGAAAAAUUUAAUUUAAUUAAGUGCCAAUUUCUAGGAACGUUUGUUCUCGGCUAUCUUUACUGUCUUCUCUGUUUUGGUGCAAGGAAAGGCUGCACAUUACCAUGGUUGGCUAGAAUGCAUGAUUCGGGUGAUUAAAAUGUCCCGCUACCUCGAUGCGUUUUGUCAAUCUAAGGCAUAUACUAAAAGGCCCAAAAGCUGCCCCUUUUUAUUCUUAGUUCGUCAAGCGAAACGCGCACAGGAAAAAACGCCUGGAGGGCGAUUUUUAGUUAUUUUAUUUUAUUUUAUUUUAUUUUAUAGCUCUACGUCCAGUUUGAGUGAAAGCGACUACGUGCAUCAUGUAUUUUCUAUAGUUCCCGCUCUAUUGGCGCUUGCUGGCUCGCUGAUGGUUUUAUUCUUCCGUCCACCGUCAUGUCGUACAAAAAGAGGUUGGUACCGUUUCAAGCUUUCCAUGCAAUUAUGUCUUAUCAUAAGCUAAGUUGUUUAAGAUAUAGCUUCUGUACAAUAAUUUUAAUAAACACAAUCAAUAUGGCAAAACUCAUCUCUGGACACUAAUUAUGUCAUGCAGUUUGUAAAUGAAACUAUGAUCGAAUUUCAUCUCCUUUGCUAGACCGCCUUGAAUGGAUUGUUUUACAUCAGCAUUCGUAAACUAAUGCUGUCGUUUGCUUGUGCUAUAGAUAGUGUUAAGAGGCCGUUUCUUUCACACUGAAUUAACUAGCCUGCCAAAACAGCCGUUUCUCCUCGCUCCACCCCGCUUUGGACGUUUCGCCAGAAGAGACUCUCCUGGAGAAACGGCCCAAGCGGCGAGGAUUGGCUGUUUUCGCAGGCUAAAAUAAAUUAACAGGCAUCAAUUUCAGUUACUCUUGCAUUUCUUUUGCCCAAAUAUACAUUAUGGUUGUAUCUAGAGGGGGCCGAAGGGGAGGCACGCCCUUCACUCUUUUUUUCUAAAAUUACUUGUUCUAUAGAGUUUUCAGUUUAAUUUUUUUAAAAAAAAUCUUGAUUCAUCAGUAUGCACUCAGCGUUUUCUCUAAAGUUUCUGGAUCCUACAUCCCUGGCAUUGAUCGUGUACGGAAACGGAACAAGAGGAGCAGUGAGCAGUUCAUGGGGGCUUUCUAAUUGUGUCUCCAUGAAACCACCUCUUUAAUAUCAGGCUUUAUUGAUCUAUAAUGCCUCCUAGCUAGACUAGGUUUUUAGCUAUUUUCCAGGUGGCUUGUACCUUACAUAAGUAGUAGUGUCUGUUUUUUAAAUGUCUUUUUUUUCGGUGUGUAGUGUAAAUAAAAUUCUUGUAUUGUCUUGUCUAACAAACGCGUUGUUCAUUUUAGGAACAUCUAAUUAUCGAGUCAUUGAAACGGCACACUGCUUGUUUUAUUUUUUUUUUUUUUUUCUUGUAGAAUAUUCACUUGAUGAAAACGCUCAAGUUCGUGAUCAAUCAGAAGCAAGUCACGUUCAAUCAUUCAACGUUGUCGUAGAACCUGAGAGAGAUUAG